UCUUUGCAUUAGGCCAUGCUGCUCUUCUCCUCUUCCUCUCUUUCCCUCCCUCCUCUCACUUCCAAUUUCCCUCUUUCCCUCCCUCAGUUCCUUUCUAUUGCUUGCCCCAUCACCUCUUCAAACAAGCCUCCUUUUAUAGUUCUACAUUCGACAUUGAUUUGGCUCCACCAUCCCUCUGCCGGGGACACAGGAAUCCCCUCGUGUCAGAAAGCCCCUUACACCUCUCCCACCCACAUCGCCCAGCAGAAAGACCCUUGGCACCGACUGCACGCGACUCCCACUCUCGCCAGCAUCAGGAAGGAUGUGAAUUACUUUGAGCCAGAGGUCCCGAAGGACGAUCUGGACUUCCGCAUAAAAACCUUAUACGACCACCACAGCGGGUUCCUGCAGGACAAGAGUCAGGUGCUGCUGCACUCGGAGACCGUCAACGAUGACCAUGGGAGGCUGAAGAUGCCCAUUCCUGAGGAGCUGCCUCCCCCAGUCCUCCCCUACAAGACCAUCCAGGGGACCCUAAGGCACUGGGUGAACCCCAAGAAGGAGUCGAUCUACAGUGUCCAGGGGACCAUUGUGUCUCCCCAUAAUGCAGCCACAAAUGGUGGUUUCUCUCGCAAGAUGGACGGUGGCUUCUUCUCCACAUAGUGGCCUCAGCCCCGGGAGAUGACCGAGGUACGGACAGACAGCGGGGGGGGGGUGGACGUGGGAGACAUCUCUCCACCUGGUCAAUUCUUGGCCCCCACCCAAGGCUCUCACCCCUCUUGAUUAAAGGACUUGAAACCCA